AUGAAUCAUUAUAACCUAAGACAACCUGAUUCUUUCUGGGAAAAACUUUGGAGUCUAGAUAUUUCUGAUAGAAUAAAGAUCUUCGCAUGGAAAUGCUUAAAAAAUGCCCUGUCAACAAAUUUGAAAUUAUCCAAACUUAUGGAAGAUGUUCAUCCUUACCGUUCUUUUGGAUGCUCUGAAGAGGAAUCUAUAGAGCAUAUUCUGAUUUUCUGUCCUUAUGCUAAAGUUGUUUGGGCUUCUGAGCCAAAUCCUGUGAAAGAUAAGGAUUUGAUUUCUAGUACUUGGUCAUCUCCAAAGAAAAAUCAAUUCAAGAUCAAUAUUGAUGCAACCUGGAAUUCUAAGACUUUGCCUGCAGGUUUUUCUUUAAUUCCCCGUAAUGAUGGAGGUGAUUUUGAGAAAAGCAGAGCAGGACCAAUCUCAGAUUCUACCCCUGAAGAAGCGGAAUCAAUAGGUAUGAGACAAGGAGCGAAAUGGGCAGUUGAACAUGGACUGGCCAACUUUUUGGUGGAAGGAGACUGCAAAAAUCUCAUUGACUAUCUGAAUGGAAAAGAAUCAGGAAUUGAAUGGCAGAAUCAAGCCAUAAUGGAGGAAGUCAAGAGGAGUUGGAGAGAAGCAGGGUGUAUUCUGGCAGUAGAUCAGCAUGCAGAAAAGGCGGAGGCGCAAGAUGAUUUGGAAGGGAUCAAAUGGGCAGUUUCAAAUCAGGUCAUCAAUCGUCAACUUGAAGGAGACUGUGUUAAUGUGGUGAAUGCCAUUAAUGGCAAAGUAGGUUCAGUGAAAUGGACUACGAAUAGUAUAAUUCGUGACUGUCAAGAGCUUCUUAGGAAUUUCAAUAAAUGGGAAUGUGUUUAUGUCCCUAGAGAAACUAAUGAAGUAGUUGAUCUAUUAGCCAAAGAUGCAAGGCUAAGUAAUAGUGUUGUUUUUUGGUCUGAGAAAUUGCCUCAGUGGUUAUCAUCUCUGAUCUCUGAAGUACUUGAUGUAGUUUAUUAA